AUGGAUCCUUCAAAGAUAAGAGAAAAAAUCGGCCGUUUUCGAAUCCUCGUCGUAGGAAGAGCGAACGCAGGAAAAACCACCAUACUACAAAGAGUCUGUAACACACGAGAAAACCCAGUGAUAUAUAAUAGCGCUGGAGAAAAGAUAGAUCCUGCAGUUUUAGAGGCAUCCAGAGACCGCGGAUUGCACGACAUUGAGAACGAAAUGACGUUUGAAAGCAACCCAGGUUUCAUCUUUCAUGAUUCACGCGGGUUUGAAGCAGGCGGCGAAUCUGAAUUUGACAAGGUAAAGGCUUUUAUCGCAAGCCGUUCCAAGGAACCCAGAUUAAAAGAUCAACUACACGUUAUCUGGUACUGCAUCCCGAUGGAUGAGGCAUGCCGGUCAUUCACCAAAGGCGAAACAAAGUUCUUCUCUCAGUGCGAUACUGGAAACAUUCCAGUGAUAGUAUUGUUCACAAAAUUCGAUGCUCUCUACGACGAAGCAUACGCCCGGCUGAAAUCAGAGGGAGUAUCCAUGAAGGAGGCUGGACGACUGGCGCCGAAGCAUGCCGAAGACUCAUUUGCGACCGGGUCGCAAUUGAAGUUUCUAUACUCCAAGGACAUUCGACACCCUCCAAAAUGUCAUAUAUGCCUUCCUAACAUGGACAGUGAUGAUGCAGAUUGCGGGUUACUAAUCGAACGCACAGCUGGAACUUUGGACAACGAAGUACUGAAACAAUUAUUUGUCUCGACCCAGCAGACCAACUUGGAGAUCUGCAUGAAAUAUGCGGUUGAGAUGUAA